GGGAACAAUAGUUGGGCAGUGACGCGGCAGUAGCUCAGACUUUCAUAAUUACGUAAGUGCUCCGGCGGCUGAGUCUCUCCCUAAUAACAAAUAGUACUAAAGUUGAUUUGUGCCUUUUCACCACCAUGGCUUCAAAAAACACGAAAGAGACCGAGAAGAACUGCGUCCUGUGCUGUCAAGAAGUCAGUAUCAUCGCCCUGGGAAAAUGCGACCACCCGGUUUGUUACCGCUGCUCCACCAAAAUGAGGGUGCUGUGCGACCAGAAGUACUGCGCCGUCUGCCGGGAGGAGCUCGACAAGGUGGUGUUCGUGAAAAAACUGGAGGCCUUCUCGUCUCUGCCCUACCAGCAGUUCCCCUGUGAGAAGAAGCAUGAUAUCUAUUUCUGUGAUGAGAAGAUCUAUGCCCAGUACAGGCAUCUGCUGCUGCCAGAGUGCCUCCGCUGCUCAGAGCCGAAGGUCUUCUCCAAGUUCGAGGAGCUGGAGCAGCACAUGAGGAAGCAGCACGAGCUCUUCUGCUGCAAGCUCUGCACAAAGCAUCUCAAGAUCUUCUCCCAUGAGCGUAAAUGGUACAACCGUAAGGAACUAGCACGUCACAGAGCGCAUGGAGACCCGGACGACACCAGUCACAGAGGACACCCGCUCUGCAAGUUCUGUGAUGACCGUUACCUCGAUAAUGACGAGCUGCUUAAACACUUGCGCAGGGACCACUACUUCUGCCAUUUCUGUGAUGCAGACGGUUCCCAAGAGUACUACAGCGAUUACCAAUACCUGAGUGAGCACUUCAGAGAGAGCCACUACCUGUGUGAGGAGGGCCGCUGCGCCACAGAACAGUUCACCCAUGCAUUCCGCUCUGAGAUCGACUACAAGGCCCACAAGGCUGCAGCACACAGCAAGAACCGAGCAGAGGCUCGACAGAACCGCCACAUCGACCUGCAGUUUAACUACGCCCCGAGACAGCAGAGGAGAAAUGAAGGUAUGGUAUCAGGUGAGGACUAUGAGGAGAUGCGGCACAACCGAGGAGGAAGAGGAAGGCUUCAUGGGGGACAGAAGAGUUGGAGAUACUCCCGAGAGGAAGAGGACAGGGAGGUGGCAGCUGCUAUGAGGGCAUCCAUGGCGCUGCAUAGACAGGAGGAGAGAGGAGCGAUGCAGGAGAGGAGCGCUCCCAAACACUGCAGAGAGGAGAGGACGGAGAGAACAGAACCAGAAGAGCCCAGACACAGGACCGGUCACAUCAAACCAAUAAGCAAACCUCCAGUAAGAACAAUGAAAAGCACCAAUCCAGGGGAAGGAGAGGAUGACUUCCCAGCUUUAGGAGCCACAGCUGCCCCACCCAUGGUAAAGCCAGCUCCUGCAGCGUUGACAGCAGCCCCCGCAGCUUUGAAGGAAGAUGACUUCCCAAGCCUCUCAGCUGUGGCAGUAUCAUCCCCCAUGACCCCGGCUUACUCUGCUCAACCCAGAAAGACUUCCUCUUUCCAAGAGGAGGAUUUCCCUGCGCUCGUAUCCAAAAUCCGGCCCCUCAAACACACAGCUGGCACCAACUCUGCUUGGUCCAACCAUACUGCUGUAGCUAAACCUGUCUCUCACCCACCCCCCUCCUCCAGACCAUCCCCUCCUCUCUCCUCCGCAUCCUCCGGCCCUCAGCUCCUCUCCUCCUCAAACUCUUCAUCGUCACGGAGGAAAAAGAAAGUAGGGGACAAUGGGAAAGCAACAACUAACAGGUCUCCUCCUUCUUCUGACGAUGAUAACAGCGGAUUGACGCAGCAGGAGUUCCGCUCGGUGCCCACCAUGUUGGAUAUCUCGUCUCUGCUCACUGUUAAAGGAGGCAACAGCAAACCCUCCUCUGUGACCUCCAACCCACCAAACCCGACCAGCUACACUGAUGCCCCUACCUCUAAAGCCAGCAAGAAGAAGAAACCGCAGAAGAACACAGCUGCUGCCUUUACAUCUGUGUCUUCAGUGUCAGGAACGACACAGAGUGUAAGUACAAACUCAGUGGAAACGGCAGCACAAAAGGAGAAUGUCCCUGAGAAAACUUGGAACAAACCCCCCUCCACUGCUGUGACAGCAACAAUGAUGAGUGGAUUGGCUAAUGGCCACACGGAGAAAUCACCACCACUCAGUAAGGAGGCAGUAAUAACCCCUCCUUCCAAGGCAGACCCCCCUGCUGAACAGGAGGAAGACUUCCCUGCUCUUAUGACCAAGAACCCACCACCAGGCUUCAAGUCCUCCUUCCCGCUGAAGGCCGCAGCUUCUGCCCCAUCCUCCACCAUGCCCCCACCUCCACCUGGCCUGGGAAUCUCUGCCACUAAACCUCCCCCAGGAUUCACUGGGAUCCCCCUCAACAGCAACGUGGUGGAACCUGCUGUGUCUGCAGUCAACCCGCCCCCUAAGGUGGCGAGCAGUGGUUACCUGGUGCCAGAGGACUUCCAUCAAAGGAACCUGGAGCUGAUCCAGUCCAUCAGAAAAUACCUCCAUAACGACGAGUCAAAGUUCAACCAGUUCAAAAAUUACUCGGCACAGUUCAGACAGAGUGUGAUAUCAGCAGGCCAGUACCACAGCAGCUGUAAGGACCUGCUCGGAGACGACUUUAACCGCAUCUUCAACGAGCUUCUGGUGCUCUUGCCGGACACCAGCAAGCAGCAGGAGCUCCUGACUGCCCACGCCGACUGUAAGGCGCUGGAGAAGCAGACCGGCACCGGAGGGAAGAGAAACAAGAACAAGAAGAACGCCUGGCAGACGCCGACCACAGCUGCGAACACAGCAGCUGAGCUGGACUGCCAGGUGUGCCCCACUUGCAGACAGGUACUGGCCCCUAAAGACUUCAACUCCCACAAGACCCUGCACACCAGGGACAAUGAGGAGUUCCCUUCCUUGCAGUCAAUUAGCCGAAUCAUCAGCUAGCCGCCUCGUUCUUUUCCUCUGUUCCAUUUGCAGUCAUGGGGCAAUUUUUCAGUUUCAGUCAGUGUGGAAAUCAGCAGCUUGUUUCCCCUGUGACCACAUCCCACUGGAGUUUGGGGCUUAUAGCUCGUAACGAAUUGGAAUUUAAGAUGGUUUAUGGUGUUUUUGCGUUCUAAGGGGAUCAUUUUGAUACGUUUGUGUGAAUGGGUUCACAGUUUAAACACAGGGUCGCCCCAUCCCAGCUCUUAUUUCCAAGCGUCUCCAGCUGGCACUGGCACCAUCAAACUAAAACUCUUGAUUUUAUUUAACAAAAGAGAAGAGACGAGUUCAGGCGUUACUUGAAUGCACCGCUCCCUGACACAAAAAAUUGUAUUGAUUUACAUUUUUUACCUUGCUUUGUUUUCACCCAAACAGAUGACAAAAUGUAUUUUGUCGACAUCAGAGCUGAUGGAAGUGUGUAUGAUUCCCCAGCGGGGCCGCUCGGUUAAAUAACAAAAUAAACACAAAUAUGUUCUGUUCAACUGUUUAGCUCCGUAUUUAUUUAAGCUGCUGUUUAAUUGCUUUUAAUUAUUUGUCGCUUCAUGCAGGGGAUGGCUUGUUGAGUGAGUGGAUUGUUCCCGUUGUGUAGGAGGGUGAGUGACAGGAAGUAAAGCUGCUUCAGGAAUUAGAACAAAGUUUGAAUGUUUUUUUAAUGUAUACCAUUUUCUUUUAUUCUGCUCACAUUACUUACCAUUAGAUUUGGUUUACCGGCCAGUUGAUGGACUCAUUCAUUGGUGUUGCACAAUGUCAAAUGGAACCAAACAAUGAAAGCGUGUCCUUGCUUAUUUUCCACAGUUAUGUUCAAAUAAUACAUCCAAAAGACACACUGAGGUCACCAGUAGCUCUUUCUGUUUAACUCUUCAGGUUUUAUUGAGGUAUACAUUUUGUUAUAAAGAGUCUAUCAUUAAGAAAUGAAUGCUUGCAACAACAAACAGCACUGUCAUUCCCCGACACGCUCUCCACUCCUCUGCCUCCGUUUGAAUUCCAGCUUCGACACACUGGGCAUGUUUACUCUGUUUGUCGGAGGGGGGACUGGUCACAUCCAGUACACAGUCUGUUCAUCUUCUCUCUCAGGACCCUUCGCCUGCACCACUGCCCACCUGAGUGUGUGUCUGUCCUGUGUGUGUGUGUGUAUGUGUGUGACUGAAUGAUUGUGUGUAUAUAGUUUGUCUAAACAUCACACAGCAGCUCACUCUAUUUUCUGUCUGGCUUCAAUAAAGCUGUUUCUGUCAGCA